UAAUUCUGCCAAAAUUACCUUUUUAUUACAUUAGCUAGCAAAUAAAUAACUCUUAAUCAAAUAUAAUAAGAUGCCAAACAAGUUGGUUACUCAAAAUUUUAAGGAGACCCAUAAUUAAAUUAGCCGAUGGAAGCCUUCAGUUGGACGGCAACAUUGGAUUGGACGUGUGUGACGUCACGAAUCACUUGAUUUUGUUCGCUUUUCUGUCAAACCCAAAACAAACCCUACAAAUUUUGGUUUUGAGUCAAUUUACGACGUGAGUUCAGAGUGACCGCAAUGGAGGCGGUUCCUCGUUUGCCGAUGCUCAGUUUCGAGCUGAAGCAAAGUCCCGAGAACACCGAAUUUGGACACAAGCUGCGAGGCUACAUUCGCGACUACUAUCACGAAGACCCGGAGUCCUACUCUAAAGAAAUCCAUGAAAUCGAAGGCCUUCGAGCCACUGCAAUCCGGGUUUCCAAAGAUGUCGAUGGGUGUGCGCUCCUCAAGAAAUAUUAUUGCCAGUUGCACUUCUUGCUCAGUCGAUUCCCAAUGCAGGAGGAAGGCGCAGCUUCUGUCACCUAUUUCUGGAUUGACAUCUACACAAACAUUGUGUACAGCACGACAUCAAUCAGGCAUGAAAUGGCAAGCAUCCUGUACAACAUUGGGGCCUUGCACUCUCAGCUAGGUAGCUUUGAUGGAAGGACCACCGCAGAUGGAAUGAAGAUGUCUUGCACUCACUUUCAGUGUGCUGCUUGGUGCUUUCAACAAUUAAAGGAGACAUUAGGGAGACCUAAAGGGUCAGACAUGUCUCCAGACUUGAUGCAGUUCUUGAACUACAUUUGUCUAGCUCAGGCUCAAGAAUGCAUUCUGGAAAAGAGCAUGAUGGACAGCAGAAAGUCGUUGAUUAUUGCUAAAGUUGGAGCCCACGUAGUUGAAUAUUACAACCUAGCUCUCUGCAUUCUGAACCAAAAUUCUUCAGAAGCAGGCUCUAUUUUGGAUACAGUUGGUUCGAAACAACACAAGAAUUGGUCCAAGUACAUCAAUUUUAAAAUCGCCUACCACAACUGCGUCGCGCUCUUGUACCAAGGCCAAGCCAUGGAGGAGCAGCAGAAAAUGGGCGAGCGCUUGGCCUUUUACCAGGCUGCCUGCGAGAAAUUAACAGAGGCCGCCAAGCUAGCAAAAGGCCUGGAACUGACUGAAGUAAUUGGAGACGCGCUUCAGUUCACGCAGGAUGUGGUGGAGGGGAAGAGGAAAGCUGCUUUCAACGACAAUGAGUACAUCUACCAUGAAAAGGUUCCUGACAAGGACAGUUUGCCACCUUUGAAGGGUGCCUCUCUGGUAAAAGGAAUACCUUUCAACGUAAACGAUGGAGAUGUAUCAGGCCCUGAUGUCUUCGCCAGAUUAGUUCCGCUCAGGGCACAUGAAGCAUCAUCAAUGUACAGUGAAGAAAAGGCUAAACUUCUUCGCAAAGUUGGCACGCAAGUUGAAGAAAAAGACACUGAGUUGAACGCUUUUAUGUCCUCUCUCCACCUGGAUGCUCUAAACGUUGGUUCUGAUGGAGACCAACUUCCAGGCGAACUGAUUGAGGCGUGUGCAGCGCUGAGUGCGCAACCAGAGGCUGUCAGAGAAUUGGUUAGUGCCAUGGACAAACUGGCGGAAACUUACCACGAAGUUGAAGCGAUGCUGCAAGAAACAGAUCAGAUUCUCAAGGAUGAGCUGGAGAAGGAGAAAAAUUGGAAGGAGACAUUCGGCAUUGACAGGCCACCAUCGAUUGCUGCAACAGAACUGACAAGGGAAGCAAAUAAGUACAGGAAAGCACAUUCCGUAGCUGGCGAAUCAAAUCAGACGCUUCACAAAGCCAUGUCGUUGCAUGUUGCAAAUUUGAGGACGCUUUGUAAGCCUCUCGAGGAAAUUGCAAUGGAACUUCCGCAAACAGUUGGAGCUGGAGCAGAAACUGUAGAAGAACAGGAAACCAUCAAGGAAGUGACGCACCUGGUGGCUAAAGUUAGAGAAAUGAGCAGUCAGCGGACGAUGCUGACCACCCAGCUCAGAGAGUCAGUCCUGAAGGACGACAUCACAGGCCAACUUGUCACCAGUGCGUCUGAAGGAGGACAUUUGGACGUGGUGUUUGACAAAGAAAUCUCUAAACAUCAGGCUUUGGUGGCCAUCAUUGAGCAAAAUCUCUCUGCCCAAGCUAAUAUCUUGAGAGCAUUGACCGAUGCGUACGCCAGAUACGCGCCCUCUCGAAAGGCGGCAAGCAACGCAAGCCGCAAGAGACAAGGCACGAUCGCUGCCCUGCUAGCUUCAUUCCACGCCAGGGAAGACUUGCUGGCCAAAGCUAACAAGGGUCUUGAAUUCUACUGCCGUUUGGAAACCAGCGUGUCAAAACUGCUUACCAGAGUCAGGUCUGUCUGCAAAGUGCAGGAGGAGGAGCGGCAGCAACAGCAAAGGGCCAAUGUGCCCAUGCAGCACGCAACAACUGACAUUGGUACCACUGUAGGAAAUCCUAAACUGAAAGACUACCUACAGGCCAUGAAGCAGGGAGGACAAAUCUCCACCCCCCUGAACAACAUGCAGAGUGCCAUGCCAUCAGUAGGAGCGGUUCCUCCCUCGACCAACCCAUACUACCCCCACAACUACAAUCCUGGCGUAGCGUCAACGCCAUUGCCAACACAUACUCCCCCACCGGUUGCAAACGCUGCUCCAGCUGAAAAUUUGCAGUGGCCUCCAUCUGUGAGACCAAACCAGGUUGGCGCUAACGGCCCAGAUAUGACUGCCACGCAUGCAGCUCCACCUGAAAAGCGGAUCAACAACGUGAAUUCUCAGGAGGGUCCCAAGUUUGGUGGGCAACAGCAGAAUCUGCCAUACAUGCAUCAGAACCAGCUGAGCCACGGAGUGCUUCCUAAGGUCAACAAUGAUGCCCAACCCUUCUCAACAUCUAACACAGCGCCAACCUACUCCUAUCCGGCUCCAGCAAACCACUCGUAUGCAGUGACCCCAGCUUACCCUCCUGCUGGCUACCAAGCUCCCGCUUCCCCUGCCCAAAACGUGACCCCUUCUAGGCCUGGCUACCCACCACAGCAAUAUGUGUACCAGCCCAAGCCGCAGCAGUACCCUACUAACAAUCAUCAGCAGUACGGAGCCAAGCCAUUGAAUAACUACCCUCAACAGUACUACCAGCCAGGAUACAACAACCCUGCUGCUGUUUCCACCCCUCAACACGCAACAUACCCCGCUCCAACGCCCAGCCCUCAACCCUCGGCUUACCCUGCCCCUGUUUCGACCCCCCAGCCAUCGUCAUACCCCACUGCAGUUUCCACCCCUCAACCAGCCCAGCCACCAAAUGGUUACCCUGCUGCAAAUCCGCAAAUACCGCAGAGCUCUCCAGUCCCCCUACCGCAGCAAUCUCCCCUGCCACAUGGUGCAGCACAGGCUUAUCCAGGGCAAGUUUCCACCCCUCAACAGGCGCAGGGUUACCCUUCGCAGAGCGCCCCAACCACCUACUCGGCGUCUGUGACCACCCCACAAGCGACUCAAGCGUAUGGGCAGAAUCCUUACAUGUACACUUACCCCUUCAAUCAGACUGCAUCGGCCUUUUCUGACUCUCGUGGAUACCAAGGCCAUCACCAGUAUUCAGGAAAUGUGGUGUACAACACAUCUCCCGCACCAAACAACGCGAGCCAGUACACAAGUGCUGGGAAAUCCAACAUGCACCAGACCAACACGUCCGAGACUGCUGUGGGAGGUCAGACAUUCGCCAACCAGUAUUCUGCCGGCACCAAUGCGGCACAAGGAAGCCAAUUGUCUUACUACAACGCCCCAUACUAUGGGUACCACCAAAAUGUGCAUGGAACGCCUCCCCCUGCUGCAAUUCCUAACUAUCAGGGAUCACCCGGUCAACAAGUUCCAUCUCAGAAUCCUGUCUUGCAUGCCGGUUUUCGUGAAUUGCAGGAUACACCUAAGGCAAGGAUGCCAGAUGCAUUGACUCAAACUACCUACAGCAGUUCGCCCAAGAAAGAGUCUGUUUUGACGGAUUCCUCUUCAAAUGUGGAUUUAUUGGCUGGCCUAGAUUUCAACGUUACAACACCACCUCUCAUUCCAGAGGCAAAGGUUGUCCUCAGUACUCCUACAAAGGACCCUGUUGCUAAUAAGGUUCCUGCUGCUCAACCUGAGGCGGUAGAAUCUAAAGCUGCAGCCCCAAAACCACCAGUCGUUGAGUCCCAACCUGUAGAACCACCGAAGGCAUCUUCUCCAGCAAUAAUGCCCAUCCAACCUGUGGUGAAAGAAGCAGUGCCAAGCAAAGAUCCGUAUGCGGAACCUGAUGCCCUAGCUCAGUUUACGCAAGAGGUCGAGAGACUGGAAAAACUGGUGGAAGGCCUCAACAAUAAAACCCUGAAUGGACCCACACCUCUGGACCUAAAGUGGAAGGAGCUCCAGGAACUGCAGGAAAAAGACGCUCACAAGAGAAUCAUAUCUGUGGCCCGAUGCUAUCCCAUGAAAAACAGGUUCCCAGACAUUCUGCCGUUUGAUCACACAAGGGUGGAGCUACCAUCAACUAAAGAUGAUUACAUCAAUGCUUCAUUUAUAAGGGGAAUUUCCCCCAGAAGUUGCGAGUACAUUCUAACGCAAGCUCCACUGCCUUCAACCUAUGUCGACUUUUGGACCAUGAUUUGGGAACAGCAAGUGGAACUGGUUAUUUGCUUGCUGAGUGAUGCUGAGCUUAAUGGUGAAAUUUACUGGCCAACGCAACGGGGUGAAGAGCUGGCGAUGGGCAAACUGCGCCUGUCGCUUAACUCGAUGAACACCAAGCCCAGCUGGACUGAGAGACUGAUUUCGAUAACCCACACGGAAACUAAAAUGUCAAGGGUGCUAGUUCACCUACAAUUUAGUGUGUGGCCUGGAAGCUCAUUUCCCGACUCCCCGAGUACAUUCCUUUCGUUUGUGGCCGAGGGAUUGAGCCAGCACGCGCAGCAAAGGUCGGCCAAGCGUCCCGUAGUGGUGCACUGCCACUCUGGAGUCGGACGCUCUGGCCUCUUCUGCCUGCUGAGCGCUGCAAUGGCUGAGGUCCGCUGUGGAGCAGGCCUCCCAGAGCUUCUGACGGUGGCCGCCAACAUGUCCCACCAACGCAGGGGCCCUUUGAGAGACCGACAGCACCUGCUAUUUGCCUAUCAAGCAGUUCUCUACCACUGCCAGGAUCUGCUGAUGAAACGAGGUAUUUUGACAUCUAGAUCGACUUUUGAUGCUCCGCUAGCUCCCAAAACCCAUGUGCGCCAUCCCUCUGAGGAUUUCCUCCUUGGCGCUGGCAGUUUGAGUCAGCUUCAGUCAGGAAUCGAGAAAAUGGGGUUAGGUGCGGCAAAUAUUGAGUGGAACGUAACGCAGCCAGAGAAAUCAGCAACACCGCCUCCACCCGCAGAGGAAUCGAAAUCAGCUGAGCCUCCUGCCGCCCAGCCAGUUUCUUCUCUGUCGGAGCUGACAUCUCUCGUCCCAGACCUGAGCACUCUCACGCCCAACAAGUCGAACACAAAGAAGGGCCGAAUUUGCAAGGAAGAUUUUGAGAAAAAACGUGGCUCGUUGACAGGAAGCAUCAGCCCUCAGGGGGACGAUGACCCCUUGAGCAAGCUGGAUCCUUUGUGGUCGCUGAAGUGACGCAAAUUAUCCCAUUAUUUAAAUAAACAAAGUAGGUGCUUUUUGUAAUUAUUUAUUGAUAAAAUCGGCACACGCAUUUGCAGCUUUUUGUAUAGUUCUGCUCUUACAAUUAAGAUUUCUCAUGCGCAGAUUGUUCAGCUUGCUGGUGAUAAAUAAAUUUUAAAUUUUGCUAUUUGCGUCAUAAGUCAA